UGUUUGGUCUUUUGUUCUUCGUGCUGAUGGCGCACACCGCUUAUGGAGACGUGAGCUAUUCUUUUCCGGAGGAGAUGAAACGAGGAUCUGUGAUUGGAAAUAUAGCAAAGGAUCUCGGGCUCGAUGUGAACAGACUGUCAUCUCGUAGGGCUCGUAUUGAUGCUGAAGGUAACAGAAAACGAUAUUGCGAUAUUAAUCUGAAUACUGGAGAAUUAGUGGUGGCUGAUAGGAUAGACAGAGAGGAGAUUUAAGGAGAGGCUUUCUGUGCGCUUAAUUUCGAAUUUGUUUUAGAAAGCCCUUUAGAAUUGCAUCGUGUUGUUUUACAAAUUCAAGACAUUAAUGACAAUACUCCAAUAUUUCCCAAAGAUGUAAUCAAGUUCGAAAUAAGUGAAAGUGCCGAUAAAGGUGCUCGUUUUCGUGUCAUUGAGGCGCGAGAUGCUGAUGUAGGUCAGAAUUCAGUACAAAAAUAUAUAUUACAAAAAGAUUUACAUUUUGUUUUAGCCGUGAAUUCAAAAACGGAUGGAAGCAAGAAUGUCGAGUUGGUGCUUGAUAAAGAGCUAGAUCGCGAGCAACAGAAAGAGAUCUCUUUAAUAGUGACCGCGGUAGACGGCGGGACUCCACCGAGAUCAGGUACUGUAGUCAUACACGUCACUGUGCUGGAUGCUAAUGAUAAUGCUCCAGUCUUUAGUCAGGACGUCUAUAAAGUCAGUCUGCCUGAAAAUUCUCCUCUAGAUACUGUAGUGGUGACAGUGAGCGCUACUGAUGCUGACGAGGGACAAAACGGAGAAGUCACGUAUGAAUUCGGAUAUUUAUCAGAAUCUGCAAAAGAAACAUUUUCAUUAGAUCAUCAAACUGGACGAAUUGCAGUGAAGGGUGGAAUAGAUUUUGAAGAUGAGGCAAGGUAUGAAAUUAUUGUUGAGGCUAAGGACGGAUAUGGUCUUUCGUCAGACUCAAAAGUCAUAAUAGAAAUUACUGACAUAAAUGACAAUGCCCCGAUUGUUAUGAUUAAGUCACUGAACAGCCCCGUUCCCGAGAACGCGUUCCCCGGUACAGAGGUCGGCAUCAUUAAUGUUCAGGACAGAGACUCGGAGAAUAACGGACAGGUGCGCUGCUCCAUUCAGCAAAACGUUCCGUUUAAACUCGUUCCUUCGAUCAAGAAUUACUAUUCUCUGGUGACCACAGGUGAAUUAGACCGAGAGCUGCUCUCUGAUUAUAAUAUUACAAUUACUGCUACUGAUGAGGGCUCUCCGCCUUUAUCUUCCUCUAAGAAUAUUCACCUGACUGUAGCUGACGUGAAUGAUAAUCCACCUGUAUUUCAGGAGCAGAGUUACAGAGCUCACGUACAAGAAAAUAAUAAAGCGGGCUCCUCUAUUUGUUCAGUAUCAGCUACAGACCCGGACUGGAGACAGAAUGGCACUGUAGUUUAUUCUCUCUUGUCUUCUGAUGUUAACGGCGCGCCGGUGUCCUCCUUUCUGUCCGUUAACGGAGACACCGGGGUCGUUCAUGCCGUGAGGUCGUUUGAUUACGAACAGAUGAAAAGUUUGAAAGUGCUGGUGUUAGCCAGAGACAACGGCUCUCCUCCUCUGAGCAGUAACGUGACCGUGAGCGUCUUCAUAACGGAUGAGAACGACAACUCUCCUCAGAUAUUAUACCCCUCUCCGGAAGGAAACUCCUUCAUGACCGAGAUGGUGCCCAAAGCUGCUCAGGCGCGCUCCUGGUCUCCAAGGUGAUCGCCGUGGACGCGGAUUCCGGUCAGAACGCGUGGCUCUCGUAUCACAUCAUUAAAGCCACAGAUCCGGGACUUUUCACUAUCGGUGUCCACAGCGGAGAGAUCAGGACGCAGCGGGACAUUUCUGAAUCUGACAGCAUG